CCCGCCCCUUCCGCUGCGGGGCCGUCACUGCGCCGACCGCGCACCGCUGCAGCGCUGCACUCCUCGCCGCCGCCGCCGCCUCCUCCUCCUCCUCCUCCUCCUCCUCCUUCGCCCGGCUCCGCGCCGCUCCGCGCCCGUGGAACACAAUGGCUACCUUGAAGGAGAAGCUGAUUACCCCCGUCGCUACUGAAAGCGCAGCCCCUAACAACAAGAUAACUGUUGUGGGGGUUGGACAGGUCGGGAUGGCCUGUGCUAUCAGCAUCCUGGGAAAGGGUCUCUGUGAUGAGCUUGCUCUGGUUGAUGUUUUGGAAGACAAACUGAAAGGAGAAAUGAUGGACCUACAGCAUGGGAGCUUGUUCCUUCAGACUCACAAGAUUGUGGCAGACAAAGACUACGCUGUCACAGCCAACUCCAAGAUUGUGGUAGUAACUGCAGGAGUUCGCCAGCAAGAGGGGGAGAGUCGUCUCAACUUGGUCCAGAGGAAUGUCAAUGUCUUCAAAUUCAUUAUUCCUCAAAUCAUUAAAUACAGUCCCAAUUGUACCAUCCUCGUGGUUUCCAACCCAGUGGAUAUAUUAACCUAUGUCACAUGGAAGCUAAGUGGCCUGCCGAAACAUCGUGUGAUUGGAAGCGGCUGCAAUCUAGAUUCAGCUAGAUUUCGCUAUCUGAUGGCUGAGAAACUUGGUAUCCACCCAAGCAGCUGCCAUGGCUGGAUCUUGGGAGAACACGGUGAUUCUAGUGUGGCUGUUUGGAGCGGAGUUAAUGUGGCAGGAGUUUCCCUCCAGGAGCUGAAUCCUGCCAUGGGAACUGACAUGGACAGUGAGAACUGGAAGGAAGUCCACAAGCAGGUGGUUGAAAGUGCCUAUGAGGUGAUAAGACUUAAGGGGUACACAAACUGGGCCAUUGGCCUUAGUGUUGCUGACCUCUGUGAGACCAUGCUGAAGAACCUCUGUCGGGUUCAUCCAGUGUCCACAAUGGUGAAGGGCAUGUACGGCAUUGAGAACGAAGUCUUCCUGAGCCUUCCUUGUGUCCUAAGUGCCUCUGGAUUGACAAGUGUUAUCAACCAAAAGCUGAAGGAUGAUGAAGUGGCUCAGCUGAAGAAGAGUGCAGAUACACUGUGGAGCAUCCAGAAAGAUCUCAAAGAUCUGUAACUCAUGAAUGUUAGAUUCUAGCAAUAGAAAAAACUGCAUAUUGUGUGCAAAUGUGGGCUUUGUACUCACUAUCCAUCUCUAUGGUUAACAUUUAAUGCUCUUCCAGACUGAAGCGAGCUUUUGUCCACAGUAGCUAAACCUAUGCUUGCAGUAACGCACAGACCUGAUGAACAAAUAAAGCAACUUUCAGGUGUA